AUGGCCACGCAAGUUGCCUAUCCAGCUAAAUCUUCACGCCAAGGCGAAUUGCGUGCAAAGAAUAACACCAAAACAUCCACGAGGAAGAAUGAAAAGUCUAUAGCUCAGGCCAAAGCAACCGAUGCGACGGUAGAAAACGAGCCCGACAACAUCGAGGGAACGCGAAGCGACAACCUUGUUCAGCAAGAAGCGGACUCUGAAGAUAAUCGUGCUUCUCAUCAAUCAGAAGAUGAGACUGAUAACUUUAUAAGCUCGGGAGACUCUGAUUCCGAAGCUGACCCCAACGAGGACAUAUCAGUAGCCGAGACGAAGAGGAAAGAAAAACAAACCAGGAAGGCGAAGCUCUACGAAGACCCUAAAGCAAUGAAGGAGCAUAGAGCUAAGACAAAGGCACGCAGAGAUAAAAAGGAUCAACAAUUAAAGGCACAAAUUAAGAAUAAAGGAACACGCAGAUAUGCUAAGGCCCGCAAGGCACGCGAACCGCCCUCUCCACUCCCAGCAGAAAUACAGAAAAUUUAG